UUUAUACACCGACAUUCGUCACUACUCGGCUCUUUCCGUAAGCUAUCGACAAUACGGGUUCGUGUGCAAUGCUCCGGUUCGAGAGUCCGCGUCAUUGUGGGUGUGAUAUUGUGGAGUACAACAACCUAUAUUUGAGUUAUUCGUAUCCAGUGAAAACUGGAGCUGCCUGAACCCUGAUUGUCUGAAACAGACAUCAUGGCACCAAGAAGCGAUGCCGAAGACCUCACUCUGUCCGGAAAAGCAGAUACUUCUGACUCUGGAAUCAUCCAUGAAAGAAUUGAAGACAUACUCACGGAAAGACCUGGUACAAGGAGGCAGUUGUUGCUCAUAACUGGUUACAAUGAACACAUAUUUGACACACAUCGACAUAGCAAGGAUCUGUAUUCAGAUACGUAUGUAGAUCACAUGCCAACAAAAGAAUGUGGAGUGAGAUAUUUUUUGUCAGACGCAUGUACUGCUAGGAGUUAUUUGGAACAAGAUUCGACGGGGGAGUCAGUUAAUUUAAAACAAAGAGCAGCUAGCGAGGCUCAACCUUGUCCUGAAACCCCAAAAGAAAAGGCCCAUGAACGCAGUAAAGGAGAACAGAAGUCAUAUGAAAAUAAAUAUCAAUGUCAUAAAGGUACCACAAACGAACGAGUUAUUCGCAAUUCUUUCUCUUCAAAUCCUAUUGCUGAGCUGCGUGAUCAAAAGGAAAUUAUGAACCCAUCUGUUCAUUCAACCAAACAUUACAAAGCUCCUAUUCUUGAAACGACUGAUAUGAAUGCAUUAACAUCGUUAUCGUUGUGUGGCAGGAAUACAUUAGACACUCAAAUCAGUGUUAAAGAGGAACGUGCAGACAAACUUCAGCAUUCUGAAGAGAAAAAGAAAUAUCUGUUGGAUGCAGUUCACAACGCUGUGCGUGGUGUUCCCGGUGACACUUCUGACAUGGACCAGCCCUCACUGGAUGAAAGAUAUAAAGAAUUUAUUAAAGAUUUGAAAUAUGGGUCAUUUUAUUGUAUGUUAGAAAGAUCAUAUGUUACGACACCUUUUAUUUCUCUUCAUGAUUAUUUCACUGAAAGAGCAACAAAUGAAGCAACAGCACCUGAUGAAGAAAUGAGGUUUGAAGGUUUGCGUUUGAGGUCUUUUCACCAAGUGAACAUGAACGUCUCAUAUCUUCGACUGGCAGCAGCAGGGUUCUAUGCUACAGGUAAUGGCGAUGAGACUCGAUGUUUCAGUUGUGGUGUAACGCACAGGAAUUGGCUUCCGAAGGACAACCCCCAUAACCUGCAUUCCAGGAAGUCUCCAAACUGCAUCCAUGUAACUGGCACUGAUGCAAGAAAUGUGCCUAUUCAAAUGCCAGCAGUAAUCGAUGGAAGUCAUGCGCCACAAGUCAGAAACAGGAGUACUCCAGAGACGAGAGUUUCAGAGAGAGACUCUAACGGGAGUGUCCCUUCUGAACUACUAGGCGCAGUGGGGACAUCAAGGGACAGUUUUAGUCCACCAUCGUAUACAACUCAACAAUCAGGAAUAAAUUGCAAUGACUAUAUACCAGCAUCAAUACCAACAACAAGGUUUGACAGUGCUGUUCAUCCUCAUUACAGCAACAAUGCUCUCCGUCUUCAAUCAUUCCAGCUGUGGCCGGAAGGGCACAGUCAACAACCUGAAGACCUUGUAAACGCGGGUUUUUUCUAUGCAGGUUACUCUGACUGUGUGCGCUGUUAUGUCUGCGGUGUUGGUCUGAGGACGUGGGAGGAGGGGGAUGACCCCUGGGUGGAGCACGUGCGCUGGAGGUCAUCUUGUGCCUAUGUAGAAGCCGCAAGAGGGAUGACCUUCGUUAUUCAGACACUGGCUGCCAUUGGAAGGCCCAUGCGGGCUAAACCUUCUCAUCAACAUCAACAACAGUCAAUAAAUAACGUGAAAACACCGAACAGUUCUGAAGAUGAUAUUAUAAGGACUGAUGCAUGUCAAGAAGCAUUGAGGAUGGGAUUCAGUCCUAAAGAGGUUAGAUCUGUAGCUCAAGCAACUAUGAGAAAUGGAGGAACACUAGAUGUUCUUCUGGAGAAUAUUCUGGCCAUUGAUGGAGAUGCUUCCGGACAGACUGCAUCCGCUCAAGGGGGAGAUGAGGUGAGCAUCCCUCAGGUUCAGAUACAGAUUGGAGGAAAGGAAUGUGCAGAGGGCAAUAUGCACAGUCAACCAUCAGUUAGCACGCAUAAAGAAGUAUCAAGAAUCCAACAGCAACCUCUGGAGAAAAGACAUGCAAAUGCAAAUCAAGACAGUGGAUAUAUGUCAGAUGGAGAACCACAAGACGCCCGGGCACCAACGCAACAUGCACCACAUUGUGUCGUAACUAGCCCACAGACAUCAGAAAGGGCGACUAUGGGUUACAAUAAUCAUACGUCUGAAAUGAUAUCCGGAAACAUAGUUCCUAGCGACCAAGAUGGAAGGGACAAUGACUCAAAGGCUGCAGUGAAUGGUUUCUUGAAUUUGCCAGUUACCAGACAAAGAAAGAUUGGACAGAGGAUAAAUGAACAUGAAAAAAACAAGGAUAAAUUACUGGCUACGAAAAAGGAGACCCAGCAGCUUAAAGAGUCGAGUGUGUGUAAGGUCUGUCUGGAGGACCCUGCCAACAUCGUCUUCCUUCCCUGUGGACAUCUGGUGGCCUGUGCCGAGUGCACACCUGCUCUAGAUCGUUGCCCAGUCUGCAGGACACACAUCCGGGGGACUGUCCGUGUCCAUCUGGCAGACAUGGCUUCUCGAGAGAAAGAAAUUGAAUAACUCAAUGUGAACUGAAAUCAAAACCAAAGGAUUUUUGCACUUAAUUUACGUCGUCUCCAUCACCUUUCGGAAUGUCUCAACUGCUCACCUGCCAUCGAACGUUGUCCAAUCUACAGAACCCACAUCAUAUGGCAGAGAGUGUUUCUUAAGUGCAGCUGACACAACCAUGUCUACGGGUUGAUGAUGAAAUAACGACAAUUCCACCUUUGAUCUAGCUAUUUUAGUUCUGUUCUUUUUGACGAAGCCAUACAGACAGAAAUGAAAAAAUGUCAAUAGAUUUGCAUGAAUAGUGAGCAGAGAAAAUAGAAUACACUUUGUCUCAUAUACCACAAAACCCCUUUAGCAUAUGCAUACCUGGUAGUUGUCAUUUGACACAUGUGGCACCAGGAUAUGGUGUUAAUAUUCAUAUUUUGAUUGCUGGAAACAAACUAGGAUUGUGAACAGUGUCAUCUCUGCUAUGUACUUACAUUAUAUGAUUUGCUUAUCAUACAAACAACAAGGGGGUAUAAGGCAGCGUGAUUCGCUGUACAGAGUUGCGUCCCUUGAUUGUUGGGUCGAAUUCCGGUUCGCCCCGAUUAUGUUUCUAGAUUUGUCAGUACCAUAUCCGUGCUCGUGAGUUUCACCAAAAUGGUAAACGUCUGAGACCUGCAUCACUUCGGGCUUUCCUCCUAUAUAUACAGAAUAUAUAUCCUAUCCUUUUACAUGUACAUCUAUAUUAUUUGCUAAACUCAAAGAAGCAUAAGUAACAUUGGUAGGAGUUGCAGAUGCAAUAUAUCAAGACAUAUGUCUAUAAUUGCAAAAGUGAUGCACAAUCGCCAGAGUAUUUUUGUCGACUUUAAUGAAGUGAAUGAAAAGUUUGUCGUUGCUGCAGUGAUGUAAAUGUGUAAAAGCAUAGGCAGCGGUCAAAGGUCAACGAGAGAAAAAAUCACAAAACUGGCAUUUUGAAAACUUUGUUUGUGUGCUGCUGUGGCGUAUGUGUAUUUAGAUCUUGUCAUCAGUGUAAUAAUUACUGAACUGAUAUAGCAUUGAUACAUCAGUUAUAUCUUCACUAUAUACAAAUAUACAAUAUAUGUCAACAGAUUUACAGAUCAGUGACUUCAGUUAAUAAGGAUACAGGACAGGGUUCAAGUUGCUGUUAUUGCUUCAAGCUUCUUUAAUGGUAUCUGUUAGACCUACUUACGCUGUAUAAGUCUAGCUGCUAAUUUCUUACUUUAAAUCAAUCCUUAAUUCUUUGUUUUCAGUAAUAGCCUCCUACUUUGAUCCAUUGUGUGAUAUGAGUGGUCCUAAUUGAGUAUUGCUAAUUUACCUUGUUAUAAGUGUUGUAUCUUGAUUGUUAUUUCCUGGUGUUAAUAAAUCAUUUAACUAUCA